AUGAAUAUCGGAACUAUAACGUUACUGUUACUACCAUCAAUUGGUAUCGCGUACGGUUCGCAUCAGCACGUCGUUGGGGACUCGAUCUGGUCAAUCCCUCCAACCCACGAUUUCUACUCAAAUUGGUCCACGUCAUACUCCUUCCACGUCGGGGACACGCUCUAUUUCGACUUCGACUCGGGAUUUUACGACGUGAACCUCGUGUUGAGGGGCGAAUUCGACAGCUGCAGUGGGGCCCACGCUGUCCGGGCCUUCGUUGAGGGCCCGGUUUUUUUCCGGUUGUCGAGGAAAGGGGCUUUCUAUUUCGUUUGCGGGGUUUCGAACUACUGUUCGCUGGGGAUGAAGGUGAGCGUGGUCGUGGAUGACCGUUCGGAAAGCCCGUCUUCUUCGCCGGUUCCGAGUUUCGGGCCCGGAAACCCGCCUGUUGCGGGCCCGUAA